GCAUGCUCCGCCCAGUGAAACCAAACUCACCAAACAUCGACAAUUUCACAACAGCGGACCUGUCGACGAGGAAGUGCCAAGAUGGCUCCGAGUGGACUAAAAGCGAUCGUAAACGAGAAAAUCCUGAGCGGUGUCAUCAAGAGUGUGAAGAAGGAUGGGGAAUGGAAGGUGCUCAUCGUGGAUCACAUCAGUAUGCGGAUUCUGUCCUCUUGCUGUAAAAUGUCUGACAUCAUGGCAGAGGGCAUUACAAUCGUGGAGGACAUAAACAAGCGGAGGGAGCCGAUCCCUAGUCUGGAGGCCAUUUAUCUCAUCUCUCCUGGGCCAAAAUCAAUUCAAUCUCUAAUUGGGGAUUUCAAAGACUCAGUCUUCACAUACAAGGCAGCACACAUCUUCUUUACGGACACUUGUCCUGAUGGGCUUUUUGCCGAGCUUGGGAGGUCGAGGGUUUCCAAGGCCAUCAAAACCCUGAAAGAAGUCAAUGUGGCUUUCAUACCAUAUGAGUCGCAGGUGUUUACUCUGGACAACCCCAGCUCCUUCCACACUUUCUACAGCCCAACUCAGACUAAUCUAGAUGACAGGGCCAGGAUGAUGGAGGCCAUGGCCGAGCAGAUUGCCACACUCUGUGACACACUGAAGGAGUACCCAGCCAUCCGCUACCGCCAGGGCCCAAAGGAGAAUUUCACCCUGGCUGAGAUGGUGAUGGACCGUCUGAAUGCACAUAAAGCAGACAAUCCCAGUAUGGGAGAGGGCACGGAUAAAGCUCGCUCCCAGCUGCUUAUAGUGGACCGUGGACAUGAUCCCAUCUCUCCAAUCCUGCAUGAGCUGACCUUUCAGGCUAUGGCCUACGAUCUGCUAGACAUCGAACAAGACAUUUACAAGUAUCAGACGACAGGGAUCGGAGAGGCUCGAGAGAAGGAAGUGUUGCUGGACGAGGACGAUGAGCUGUGGGUGCAGCUGCGGCACAUGCACAUAGCAGACGUCACCAAGAAGGUGACGGAGCUGCUACGCACCUUCUGUGAGAGUAAGAGGAUGAACACAGACAAGGCCGAGAUUAAAGAUCUGUCUAAGAUCCUGAAGAAGAUGCCACAGUACCAGAAAGAACUGAGCCUGUACUCCACCCAUCUGAACCUCGCUGAUGCCUGCAUGAAGAAGUUCAAGAACUUAGUAGACAAGCUUUGUGAGGUGGAACAGGACUUGGCCAUGGGAACAGAUUCUGAGGGGGAACAGAUCAAAGACGCUAUGAAGAGUAUCGUCCCUGUUCUGCUCAACACCGAGAUCAAACCCUACGACAAAAUCCGCAUCAUACUGCUGUACAUUUUCCAUAAGAAGAAGGGCAUUGGUGAAGAGAACCUCACAAAACUCAUCCAGCACGCAAACGUGCAGCAGGACAAGAACAUCAUCACCAACCUGCAGCACCUGGGCUGCCCCAUCAUUACUGGGGGGGCUAAUGCUGGUAAGACUCUGCCUGACAGGAAGGAGCGCACAGAAUCCACGUAUCAGCUCUCCCGGUGGACACCCGCCCUUAAAGAUGUGAUGGAGAAUAUCAUUGAUGACAAGUGUGACAGGAAGCAGUGGCCAUUUCUGUCUGAUCCCGCCCCCAUCACCACCACAACCACAGACACCACAGUCGGCAGCGCACGGUUCGGACACUGGCACAAAAACAAGGCUCCCACAGAGUACCGCAGCGGCCCGCGCCUCAUCAUCUUUGUGAUUGGUGGCAUGACGCAUUCAGAGAUGCGCUCUGCUUAUGAAGUGUCCCGGGCCACCGAGGGCAAAUGGGAGGUUCUGAUUGGAUCGUCUCACAUUCUGACUCCAACCAACUUUCUGAACGACCUGAAGAAUUUGGACCAGUCUGCGCCCGUUUAGCAGUACAUCUCUGAAGAGAUUGAUUGAUCCCUCUGAACUCAUGUGAAACCUGAUACUCUGACCAGUAAAAAGACACAUUUUAGAUCUUGCUUACUGAUUAUCUGUGGUCUUUUAAAGUAGUAAUUUUAAUUACACAAGCUAAACUGGUAGCAUAUGUGUGUAUAUAUAUAUAUUAAAGCUAUGGAAGACUGAUGUUUAAUUUAAAUUUUAUAUAUAUAUAUAUAUAUAUAUAUAUAUAUAUAUAUAUAUAUAUAUAUAACAAUGAAUGAAUUAAAUUAUUUGAGGAGUUGUUGCCAAAAGCUUAUAAUUGUGCAGUUGAUUAAAUCUUGCCUCACAUAUUUUUUUGAUUUGAAGACAUCUGUAACAAAUUAUCACACUGGAUUUCUGCUUUAAUCAUACUGCUACUGUUUUUAAUCUCCAGUCAGGGUUUUCUUAUAUCUUCUGCCUCUGUGUUGGUGGAGGCAUCAGAUGUUUCAUCUCAGUAUAAAUUAUAUAUAUUUUUGUUAUUCAUGCUCUGAACUUGUGCACUUUCUUCUUUUGCUGUUACGUUAUAUCAUAGAUAGGUGGAUGUGGUUCACUGGGUAUUUUUGCUUGUCGUCUGUUAAUGAUAAUAAAUACAUUUUGCUUAUGCAUAUGCUUGACUAUAACAAGUUUCAUCUUGCUUUCUGUUUAUGAUAGAUUAAUAUAGGUAUACCAGUUUUUUAAAGACAUAAAUACUUUUAUUCAGCAAGGAUGCAUUUAUAAUGUUCCAUUUCAAAUGCUGUCAAAAUAAAUCUAUACGUUUUGAACUUUCUGAUCCUGAAAGGUAUCACAGUUUCUACAAAAAUAUUAAUUAUUGUUUUCAACAUGGAUUUAAAAACAUUUCUUAAGCAGCAAAUCAGCAUAGAAUAAUUUCUGAAGGAUCAUGUGACACCGAAGACUGAUAAAAAUUCAGCUUUGCAUCACCAGAAUAAAUUACAUGUUAAAAUAUAUUGUAAUAGAAAACGCAUUUUAAAUUUUAACAUUUCACAAUGUGACUGUUUUAUUGUAUUUUUGAUCAAAUAAAUGCAGUCCUGGCUUAAAGGCACAA